AUGGCCUCCGCACUGUGGAGGUGUCCAGUGCUCCACUGCCUCCUGCUCCUUCUCGUUUGCUUUCACUGUUCACAAGGGUUCAGCCGUGCAGCCUUGCCUUUCGGGCUGGUCAGGAGAGAGCUCUCGUGUGAAGGAUACGCAAUCGAUCUCCGCUGCCCGGGGAGUGACGUCAUCAUGAUCGAGACGGCCAACUACGGCCGCACCGACGACAAGAUCUGUGACGCGGACCCAUUCCAGAUGGAGAACGUCAACUGCUACCUCCCCGAUGCCUACAAGAUCAUAUCACAAAGGUGCAACAACCGUACGCAGUGUGUGGUUGUCACUGGCUCUGAUGUCUUUCCUGAUCCAUGCCCUGGCACCUACAAGUACUUAGAGGUCCAGUAUGAGUGUGUUCCCUAUAAAGUGGAGCAAAAAGUUUUCAUUUGUCCUGGGACUCUGAUGGGAGUGGGCGACGCCACUUUCCUGUUCGAGGCGGAGCAGCAGGCAGGCUCGUGGUGCAAAGACCCGCUGCAGGCUGGAGACAAAGUCUUCUUCAUGCCCUGGACGCCGUACCGCACUGACACCCUAAUCGAGUACGCCUCUCUGGAGGACUUCAAAAGUGGCCGCCAGACGACUACGUAUAAACUGCCGCACCGCGUGGACGGCACCGGCUUCGUAGCGUACGACGGCGCCAUCUUCUUCAAUAAGGAGCGCACCCGCAACAUCGUCAAGUUCGACCUGCGCACACGCAUCAAAAGUGGCGAAGCCAUUGUGAACAACGCCAACUAUCACGACACCUCGCCCUACCGCUGGGGGGGCAAGACAGACAUUGACCUGGCAGUAGACGAGAGGGGCCUGUGGGUGAUCUACGCCACCGAACAGAACAAUGGGCGCAUCGUGGUGAGCCAGCUCAACCCGUACACGCUGCGCUUCGAGGCCACGUGGGACACGGCGUACGACAAGCGCUCCGCGUCCAACGCCUUCAUGGUGUGCGGCGUGCUGCACGUGGUGCGCUCCACCUACGAAGAGAACGAGAGCGAGGCGAGCAGGAGCCAAAUCGAUUACACGUACAACACCAAGCUGAGCCACGGCGAGUACACCGACAUCCUCUUCCCCAACCAGUACCAGUACAUCACCGCUGUGGAUUACAACCCCCGGGACAACCAGCUGUACGUGUGGAAUAACUUUUACACACUGCGCUACGACCUGGACUUCAGCCUGCCGGAUCCCGCCGAAGGGCCGACCAUUGAAGAUUUCUCCCUGGCGUCGUCCAUGCCAAAGACCACCACAGCUUUCACCACCACCGCUGCGUCCACCGCUAAGGGCCAUGGUGACACUACGGUGGCAGGGGCAGACCCGAGAGACGGGAGAGAUCCGUUUGAGGACGGCCGUGGCUCGAGUACAGCUGAACCAACUGUUCCAGAGCUGCCGCCAACUCCCAGGCGCUCCUGCGAGGAGACCAGGAGGAGAGCCAUCGACUGGCCCCAGGCCCACACUGGGAGCACUGUGGAGAGGCCCUGCCCCAAAGGGACCAGAGGCAUCGCCUCCUUCCUCUGCACCGUGGCAGGGACCUGGUGCUCCAAAGGGCCGGACCUCAGCAACUGCACUUCCCACUGGGUCACUCAAGUGGCACAAAAGAUUCGAAGUGGCGAAAAUGCUGCUAAUUUGGCCAAUGAGCUGGCACGCCACACACAGGGCCCAGUGUUUGCCGGAGAUGUCAGCUCCUCGGUGCGCCUGAUGGAGCAGCUCGUGGACAUCCUGGACGCUCAGCUGCAGGAGCUCCGGCCCAGUGAGAAGGACUCGGCCGGACGCAGCUUCAACAAGCUUCAAAAGCGAGAGAAGACGUGCAGGGCGUACAUGAAGGCCAUUGUGGACACCGUGGACAACCUCCUGAGGCCGGAAGCCCUGAAAUCCUGGAAAGACAUGAACUCGACGGAACAGACGCACGCCGCCACGAUGCUCCUGGACACCCUGGAGGAAGGGGCGUUCGUCCUGGCGGAAAACCUGAUCGAGCCAGCGAUCGUGAAAGUACCUGCAGAGAAUAUCAUGCUGGAAGUCUACGUGUUAAGUACCGACGGUCAGGUGCAAGAUUUCAGGUUUCCACAGACGAGCAAAGGUGGAGCGUCCCUUCAGAUUUCCUCCAACACGGUCAAAGUCAACAGCAAAAAUGGUGUGGCCAAACUGGUAUUUGUGCUGUACAAGCAUCUGGGUCAAUUCCUCAGCACGGAGAACGCCACGCUGAGGGGAAUGGGAGACCCGAGCAGACGCAACCUUUCCCUCACCGUCAACUCCCACAUCCUUUCAGCCUCCAUCACCAAGGAGUCCAGCCGUGUGUUCGUGGCCGACCCCGUGAUCUUCACGCUGGAGCACCUGGAUAAGGUGCACUACUACAAUCCCAACUGUUCCUUCUGGAAUUACUCGGAGCGGAGCAUGAUGGGAUACUGGUCCACGCAGGGCUGUAAGCUGCUGGAAACCAACAAGAGCCACACCACUUGCUCCUGCAGUCACUUGACCAACUUCGCCAUCCUCAUGGCCCAUCGAGGGAACGUGGGUGAAGGCAGCGUCCACGAGCUGCUCCUCACCGUCAUCACGCGGAUGGGCAUCGCCGUGUCCCUGGUCUGCCUCGCCAUCAGCCUCUUCACCUUCUGCUUCUUCCGCGGCCUUCAGAGUGACCGCAACACCAUCCACAAGAACCUCUGCCUGAACCUCUUCAUCGGCGAGCUUAUCUUCCUCGUGGGCAUCAACAUGACGGAACCAAAGCUGGUUUGCUCCAUCAUCGCUGGCGUCCUCCACUUCUGCUUCCUGGCUGCCUUCGCCUGGAUGUGUCUGGAGGGCGUUCAGCUGUACCUCAUGCUGGUCGAGGUGUUCGAGAGCGAGUUCUCCCGCAGGAAGUACUACUACGUGUCCGGGUACCUCAUCCCGGCCGUGGUGGUGGGCAUCUCAGCAGCCAUCGACUACAGGAGCUACGGCACGCAGCGGGCAUGCUGGUUGAGGGUUGAUAACCAUUUCAUCUGGAGCUUCAUUGGGCCCGUAACCUUCAUAAUUGUGGUCAAUGUCAUCUUCCUGGUGGUGACCAUGUACAAGAUGGUGAAGCACUCCACCUCCAUGAAACCCGACUCGACCAGGCUGGGGGGUAUCAGGUCGUGGGUGUUGGGAGCCUUUGCCCUACUUUGUCUGCUGGGACUCACUUGGUCCUUCGGCUUGUUCUUCCUCAACGAAUCCUCCAUCGUGAUGGCGUACCUCUUCACCAUCUUCAACACUCUGCAAGGGAUGUUCAUCUUCAUCUUCCACUGCCUCCUCCAGAAAAAGGUCCGCAAAGAGUACAGCAAAUGUUUCCGCCAGUCCCAGUGCUGCGGCGCGCUGCCGGCCGAGGGCUCCCACAGCUCAGCCAAGGUGGCCACCUCUCGAUCCACGGCCCGCUACUCCUCCGCCACACAGAGCCGCAUCAGGCGGAUGUGGAACGACACUGUGAGGAAGCAGUCGGAGUCCUCCUUCAUCUCCGGAGACAUAAACAGCACCUCCACGCUCAACCAGGGGAUGACCGGCAACUACCUCCUAACUAACCCUCUCCUCCGAACCCACGACACUAACCCUUAUAACAACCUGCUGGCAGAAACGGUCGUGUGCAACACCCCCUCUCCACCGGCCUUUCACUCCCCAGGACAGCACUCUCUGAGCAACAGCAGGGACAUCAGUGCCAUGGACACCCUCCCCCUCAAUGGCAAUUUCAACAACAGCUACUCCCUGCGAGAAGACGACUAUGAGGCCGUGGCGGUUCGGGCCGCAGGUGACCUGGGGGGCCUCAACCUGGACGAUGUCGCCUUUGAAAAGAUGAUCAUUUCUGAGAUUGUCCACAACAACCUCCGGCCCCGGGGGGCCCCCAAAGGUCGCGAGGCCCCGAGGGACCGAGCCUUGCCUCCCCAGACCAGAGUGACAGUGGGCCGCGGCGGGGGUGGGAGCGGCAGCGAGGAUGACGCCAUCGUGGCCGACCACGCCGAGGCCUCCUCCCCGCAGAGAGGCGGUGGGCGAGGAGGCCACGCCACCCUGGAGCUGCUCCUGCACCCCCACCAUAAGGAGGCGCUGGAGGCCCCCCUCCUGCCUCAGAGGACUCACUCCCUGCUCUACAGCAACCAGAAGGCCCCCAGGCGCCUGGAGGGGCAAGGCGGCCACGGCUCCGAGACUGUGACCGCAGUGGAGGACACGGGCUCCCAGUCCCCCAACAACAACAGAGACUCGCUUUACACCAGCAUGCCAAACUUGAGAGACUCACCCUCGCCCUCUGCUUCACCGUACCCCCCCGAGGAGGAGGAGGAGGAGGAGGAGCUCUCCCCCUCUCCUCGAAGCGAGAGCGAGGACGCGUAUCAUAAAAGCAUGCCCGAGCUCGGCGACGCACCGCAGCCCCUGUCCUACUACCACAUCCACAGAGGCAUCAGCGACGGCUGCAUCAUCUCGCCCAACAACGAAGAGUGCGCGCCGGAGGGAGAGGCGCCGACCGACGGACAAAUGCAGCUCAUCACCAGCCUCUGA